AUGCUUCCCAUAAAGAGGUUUGCAAGGGUUCGCUUGGCCGCUGAGGUCAAGAAGGUCGUGGAAUCAAGUCGGAAGGUCGCCACAUGGCCCAAAGCUUGGUACCCUUGUCGACACGUGGUUUGCCCUGGGCUCGCAGGACAGAACACCAAGCACCCCGACAGCGACCCUACGUACGAGCUUGUCCGUCUGUCGUAUACAUCUAGUAACCCCGGUUGUCGACACUUCAAUGUUCGCCCAACGACCACCUUCCUCGCCCCUCCGCCACAGCCCAACCUCUCCCGUCUCCCGUCCUUCCGUCUUCCACACGUCCUUCCCAAGGGUUCCAAAAAGGCAAGACCGCUUCCUCUGCUGAACAGAGGGAAGCAGAGAGCACGUAGGUCCGACUGGGAAUCGAACCCAGAUUACAAGAACGAAGAGACAGGUCGCAGGGUUGAAGACUACGACAACGCAGAGGUCAUCCAUCAGAAUCUUGUGUACUAA